CGGCAGGACAACCCCCGCACAGGCCCGGGCCGGCGGAGGGCCGGCAGAAGCUUCCAGAGGCCUGGCCGGCGGCGGCGCUGGCGGGGGCCCAGCUGCCCUCAGCGAGGGGCCCCGCGGGUGCCGCCCGCCGCGCAGAGAUUCUGUGCAGCAUGUUUUCUGGGUGGAACUGGGUGGCCCAUGGCUUAUAUCUGCUCUUGAAUUUUUGUUCUCUUAAAGUUUCAGGUGGACUUGUACAGUCAUGUGGUCACAUCAUCCCAGAGUCUCCUGUAUUGGCCCUUGGUUCCAAUUUCACAGCAUUAUGUAUUUUGAAUGAAAGUUGUCUUGACUUUGGCAAUAUCUAUGCUAAUCAAAUUAUCUGGAAAAUUAAAAAUAGAGUGGUACCUAAAGAACAGUAUCGAGAAAUAAACAGAACAGUUUCCAGUGUCACAUUUAAUGACACUUCUUCACUAGCUACUCCUCUGACAUGCAACAUUUUAGCAGAUGGACAGAUUGAGCAGAACAUUUAUGGAAUUGCAGUUACAGUAGGCUUGCCUCCAGAGAAGCCCAAGAACUUAAGUUGUAUUGUGCAUCAGAAGUCAAAACUCGCAUAUCCUAUGACUUGUACCUGGAAUCCUGGAAGACAUACUUUCCUAGACACUCACUUUAGGUUGAAAAACAGAUGGCCACAAGAUGAAUUUCCUGACUGUAUACGAAAAGAUGUAAACAAUUCUUGUACAAUUAAUGAUGUUCAGUUCUUUGUUAACCUGGAGCUCUGGGUAGAAGCAGCAAAUGCUCUUGGGAAGGCUGAAUCUGAUCACCUUGUUCUUGAUCCCAUUGAGAUUGUUAAACCUCUGCCUCCACACAACUUAUCAGUCAACUCAGGAAUACUACCUACUGUUCUGAAGCUUUCCUGGGAGAAUCGGAUUUCAGGAGCUGUGAUGCAGCUGAAAUUCAAUAUUCGCUAUAGGACCAUUGGUGACACGAACUGGAUGCAGGUUCCUCCUGAAGAUACAGCUUCACAAAGAACUUCAUUCAGUAUUCAAGGGCUCAGACCCUACACAGAGUAUGUCUUUUCAAUUCGUUGCAUGAAGGAAGAUGGAGUGGGCUACUGGAGUGACUGGAGUGAAGAGACAACUGGGGUCACCACUGAAGAUAAACCAUCUAAAGGACCACCCAUAUGGAGGAUCAUUGAUGCAUCUGACUCACCAGGUUUCUGGACCGUGCGUCUGAUGUGGAAGGCGUUGGAGCCAUUUGAAGCCAAUGGAAUAAUCUUGCAGUAUGAAGUAACUAUCAGAGCUAAAUCAUCUCUCUCCAGUCCACCAGUGAAACACAAUGUUAAUACCACCAACUUUACAUUAAAGCUGCCAAAUGGGACUUAUGAAGUGACUCUGGUUGCCCGUAACAGAGUUGGGGCAUCCCCUCCAUCAGUUCUACUUAUCCCAGCAAGUAAUUCAAAAGCUCCUGUGAAGAAUGUUAGAACACUACCCAAAGAUGGCAAGUUGUGGGUAGGGUGGACUGCUCCUAACAGUUACGUUCUUAAAUACGUGAUCGAAUGGUGUCUGGUGUCCAACAGCUCAGACUGCAUCAUAGAAUGGCAGAACGAACCAGGAAAUGUUCAAGGAACAUACUUAAAAGGUGAUAUAAAGCCAUUCAAGUGUUACUUGAUAACUGUGUACCCUCUAUAUGCUGAUGGUCAAGGGAGUGGGCAGUCUGUGAAGGCUUAUCUUCAGCAGGAUCGUCCUUCAAAAGGACCAACCAUUCAGACAAAAAAGGUAGGAAAAGCGGAAGCUGUUUUGACAUGGAACCAUCUCACAGUGGAUGAACAAAACGGAUUUAUCAGAAGUUACACCAUAUUUUACAAAACUGUUGAUGGAAAUGAAACAGCUGUGACGGUGGAUCCUUCCAAGACAGAGUAUACCCUUUCUUCUCUAACCAGUGACACACUGUAUACUGUGCGGAUGAUGGCUUACACAGAUGAAGGAGGCAGGAGUGGUCCUGAUUUUACGUUUACUACACAAAAAUUUGGGAAAGGAGAAAUUGAAGCCAUAGUUGUACCUGUGUGUCUAGCAUUCUUGUUGAUUGUGCUCCUUGGAGUUUUGUUUUGCUUCAACAAACGUGACUUAAUUAAAAAGCAUAUCUGGCCUAUUGUCCCUGACCCAUCCAAGAGUAACAUUGCUCAGUGGUCUCCUCAAGUUCCAGCUAAGCAUAACUUUAGUUCCAAAGAUCAGAUGUACCCAGAAGGCAGCUUUACAGAUGUAAGCGUCGUAGAAAUAGAAGCUGAUGACAAGAAGUCUUUUUCAGAACAAGAUCUAAAACCCUUUGACUUGCUUAAAAAGGAAAAAAGUACUUCAGAAGGGCACAGCAGUGGUAUUGGAGGAUCCUCGUGCAUGUCUUCUCCUAGGCAAAGCGUCUCUGACAGCGACGAAGGUGAAACUACACAAAACACUUCAAGCACUGUACAAUAUUCAACUGUAGUGCUUAAUGGCUACAGAGACCAAACUCCUGUACAAGUCUUUUCAAGGUCUGAGUCAACUCAGCCACUCCUAGAUUCAGAAGAGAGAUCAGAGGAUCACGCUGGAGGUGGUGACAGCACAACCCAGAGGCAGCAAUAUUUCAAACAAAAUGGUGGUCAGGAUGAAACCAACACAGACAGGCCAUGCUUUGAAAGAACAAGGCAAAUCGCUCCAACUAAUGAGGGGGAUCUUGUGGGAUUUGCACAACUGCAGAUCUCAGGUCAUGCUUCGCAGCCGUUGGGCCUUGGGCUGGAAAAAAAUACCCAGGAAGCUGCUCUGCCAGAUAUUUUACAGACAAGUAUUGAAGGACAAACUGUGAGACCUGAAACAGUGGAAGGAAAUCCACCGUCAGUUGAUGAAAUGCCAAAAAGUUACCUCCCGCAGACUGUGAGACAAGGGGGCUACAUGCCUCAGUGAGGGAAGAGACUGGCUCUGUUUAGGCCUUCAUUAGUGCCUGUUCACACUUUCUCCUGUGUCUCUGAUAAAUUAAGCUAGGUGUUUUUAUCUGAAUGCAGAUAGAAAUAUUGAAAUUAAGUGAAGAGCAAUUUGACAAAGUACAAUAAGGACUGUGUUUUUGUGGAAAACUUGUAGUCCAGACCUACUGGAGACCUACCUUUAUGCACUACACAAAAUCUUAUGUCUGGAUAGCUGAACAAGCCUUUGAGCUACCUUGGGUUUUUUGUGUAUUGUCAUAUCAGAUUUACACAUGAUUGAAAAUGGCAAGUUUCGAUUAAUCACAUCAGCCAAUAGACCUCCUAGAAGAAAUACUUCAAUUUCUUCAUUCUUCAAUGUGACAGUGUACAAGCCUAAAAAGCCAGCUUUAGUUGCUUGGAGCAUCUUUGUGCAAAAGUAAGACUGAAGCUUAGUAUUCUAAAGUGGAAGAAUACUUGUCAUACACUUUUCAGUAGCUUGAUUGACUUUCUGAAUUUUGACUUGGCCCAGUGUCUCAGUUUCCAGCUUAACAGACAUGCAAAUACUGUUCAUCCCCAUUUAAAAAUUAUAAAAAAUAACUAGAACUUGCUAUGCUGUGCAAAUAAGAAAACACCAUGAUUGCUUGACUCUGAUUGCUACUAUAUUAAUUGAUAUUCUGCCUACAUUUAGAUAUGCGUGCACAUGAAUUAUAUAAUAAUUUGGCCUAAAUAUGUGCCUUGCAACUUGACGCACAGCAAUUCAGUCUCAUGUUCAAAGGUUUAAAAAUCCAUAUGAAAACACAGAUUAACAGUUAUUUAAAGCUUUUGUACCCAAAUGACUGUCUGAUUAUACCAUACCUCCCUGGUUAUAUAAAUUGCCUUUGUUUAAUAAGUGCACCUUUACCCUAUACAGCUUGAGAGGCAAGUAAUGAGCUGUAAGUUUUUACCAUUUUUCUAACUGCUCAGGAGAAAGGGAAUAUGAAUUUCUUCCUGAUUGACUACAGCAACUCGCGUGCUAUAACCUCAUUGCUAAUGCUGCAGGACCUCCUUGAAAGUGAAAGCAGCAAAAUGGCAAAGCAAUUGAAGUAGCUGAAGCUCUUGGGGAAAAAAAAAACCAAACAACUACGCACACCCUGAAUUUAAACAUUAAUGGUAGCAUGUAUCUAUUAGCAAUCAUGAGCCACAAACAACAUGUGGUUGUUAAAAUUACUUACUUGUUUCUUAUGUCUCACUUUUCCCCUCUUCGUACAGUUUGCAUUUAACAUUUCAAGGAGACUGUCUCUACCAGGGUUUAAAGAAAAGUGAAUUUACAUUAAAAUAAACCCCUUCUCCAAUAGUAACUAGAAAUUUUAUGGCACUCUUGUAGAUUUACUUUUUUUAACCUUAACUUAGUGUAGUCUGCUUUCUAAUCUGACACUACUAAAACCUCAAUUCAAAACACUAAAUGCUGUGUUCUGAGAAUAAAACAAGUGUUUUAUUUCUCCUUCAGCAAAAGGACUAUGUAUUUUAAACUACCUGAAACCUUUUGUGCUGUCGCCUCUGGUGCUGCUGUUCUGCAGAGCACUUGCUAAAGGCCGUGGAAAGGCAGGUGUCAGUAUCAUUUCAACUUCCCUUGUCCUUGUCUGCCAGCUUGCAUGGAAGGACAGGUGUACAUAUAAAUGUUCAUGUGUCUUCUGCUUUUGUUACAAAGAAAUUCAAUGCUAGAGUAAAUUCAUAAGAUUACCUCUUGAAGUGUGAACUAUUUAGAUAAAGAAUGCAGAAUCUUUAAUAACACUUCAGUAUUCCACAGUUCCCUUUUCCCAAUUUUUUGUAUCUGGGCACUUUUUUUUUAAUCUAAAAGGCUUUGUUGCAGUUUACUAUAACUACACUUUUCUUCAAAACAGCCCCCUUCCUUUUCCCCCCACUCCACCUCACCACCUUCAAACUCCCUCCCAGAGGGCAAGGGCAUAAUGAAGACUAUGCUGUCACAAGACAGCAGAGACAGUCUUUCGGUUUUUCAGAGGCUGAAGGAGCAUUCCUUUGUCAGAACACAUUCCUCUUGGAAAAUAAUAGCUGUUACUUCACUGGGGGAUUGGUCAUCUUCUCUAUGCAAACUUUAUAGUGACUGUAGAAACCACAAGUAAAAGGGAAAGUCUCUCUUGAGCAGUUUGUGUGCUUAUUAGAAUGGCCCUGCAGCCACGUACAUCUAAUCCACCUUCUGCUCAUCUCUGAAAUAUUGUGGGCCACAACCUGACUACUUAGUCUGAACAUUGCUUGAGAGGCAUGGGUUUUUUCCAAAAGCAUGCUGAUGAUGUCUGUCUUUUUUUUUUUUAAUUGUUUAUUGUGAUCUAUUGAUACUAACUUGUGAUAGCGUUUGAGGGUCACCACAUUUGAGGGACAACUUCAAUUAUUCCUGAAGUUGCUGUUUGCCUUUCUGUUGUGCAAAGGGGAAGGCAUUUUAUUCUCAGUUGCUGUUAAUCAUGGACCAUUUCCAACAUUAAACAAACAGCAUCAAGAGAUUCUCGUUUUUAAAGGUCUGUGCUAAUAAGAGUUCCGGCCUGUCACUUCUGGCAUCUUUCUUUAUUUCUUUGUUGUUUAUGGGCCAGUGGAAAUAAACUAACAGCAUCGUACAGGAAAGUUUCCCAGAGAAAAUUCUGCCUGUCUAGCAGUUAUAUUCUAUCUUUUGGGCUUGUGCAUUUAACUAGGGCUAAAAUGCUGAAGGGUAAGCAGGGGAUACUGGUGGGUGAACAGCUUGUAGAAGCCACAGUACAUAUAAACAACAGGUUUACAGCUUGUUCAUAAACUUUUGUGCCAAAUACUCUAUCAUCCAGUGUUCAGGGUUUAGCUUGAUUUUGUUCUUUGGAUCAUAGCAAUCUAAAUGUAUCAAACAGUUGCGUACAGUUUUUUAGAGUAUCUGUAAUGUAAUUACAGCAAUCGGCUGAAAUUCUCUGAACUUGGUCCUAAUGUAGUAAUUAAAGAAAAAGCUUCCAGCCCCACCAAUAAUUAUGGUGCACUUUACAAAAUAAAGGCAUUAUUAAAUAAAAUCACACUUCAGUAUUGAUACUUCCAUGUCCAUCUUGAUUUCCUGGACUGGAAUUUUUUAGGUAGGGUAGGGGGAAUAGUUGUAAAGACCUUGUUACUUUGUCAGCAGGAAGGGAGGCUAGCAGAAAUAAAAAAUAUUUUUCCUGCAUUAGCAUAUUUGAAACAUCUCUCAAGUGCAGGCUGGCUAACUGCUUCUCUGUUGAGAAGAGAAGUGAAUGUAUUUAUCUCUGUAGGUCUGUUGUGGUGGUUCUGCUAGAACAGGAGGUUGUUGGGGUUGUUUCUGGGUGUGCUGUCUUCCUUUUGGGGCAGUCUCCUGCUGUAGUGGAAGUCUUGGGAUUACGUUUCAUAUGCCCUGCUGUAGUAAACUAAGCCUUAACCUGGCAGUGCAAAGCACAGCAGGGCAAAAAAAAUUCCAAAUUUGUUUCUGGAGUGUUUGUGACAGGCAUGUGCCCAUCUGUGCUACAGCACCCUAGCAAAAUGCUAAUUAUCAGGAUUGGAAAAAUUUGGCCCUGGGAGAAGGAAGAGGGAGUUGAGGGCUGAGUCCCCUUCUUGGGCCCUGGAGAAGCUGCGUGGCCUGGGGUGGGGUUUGCAGCUGCAGCUUUUGCUGUAAACCAUGAGCACCACCAGAUGCUUAGAACUUGCAUUAGUGUGCCCAAUAUGUGAGAAUUGCCAUGCUGAUUUAACUUCAGUAAUUGAACUUGUGUAAUUGGUGUCAGGUCUUGAAUAGCCAAGACCCACAUCAGUAUAUGCUGCCAUGGUAUUGACUUUGCAGUGGGAUCUGAAACUCCAAAGACCCUCCAAUUAAUAGUCAGCCCUGCUCCAGGACAUGCACAUUUUAAAUUGUAAUUUAUGUGCAUUAAGUGGGACUGAAUAUACUAGUUUAUUUUCCCUGAGACAGUUGUUGUAAUUGAGAUUAACUGUUAUUUGGAUACAUUCCUUUAACAAUGUUAAUAAAUUCUGCUGACUGAUGGUUUGUAAAA